AAUUAUUGUUUUGGAUUUAAGUACUUAACUUGUUCUAUGAAGUUUAAUCGAUAAAUAUUAUGCAAUUGAUUAUUAUCGAUUACUUACAACUUUCUUACAUCAUAAAUGCAUAAUUUUGAUCACGUAUCAUCCUAUUGUAAAACAGCGAUUACAAUCAGAUAAAAAAAUCACGUCUUUAUUUUCAUGUUAGGUAUAAAAGGAUGGGAAAAUUAAUUUGCCAUUAUAGUUUUAAGAGUAACCGGCCAAGAUGAGAUACUCAUUCGGUCUUAUAUUUAUAUCAUCGGCCAUUAUUGGCGCGUUAGCUUCCGAAGAAGUGGCGCAAAUAGUUCAAACCAAACAAGGGAAAGUGGAGGGCAGUUUAAGUGAAAAUGGGCUGUUUUACGAAUUCUGUGGCAUCAGAUACGGAGUGGCAGAGAAAUUUCAAGCACCUCAAGAACCCCAGUCGUACCCUGGCGUGUACGAAGCGAACAUUCGCACCGUCAUUUGUCCCCAGUUCCCGACCACCGACCCUCUGGCCGCCCCCAGCGACAUCGAAGACUGCCUGGUCCUCAACGUCUUCACUCCAGCCAACUUCCUCGCCAACACCUCCUUGCCUGUCAUGGUGUUCCUCCAUGGAGGGGACUUCGGAGUAGGCUCCGGCUCUCCCAGCUUCUACGGCCCACAGUAUCUGGUCAGCCAUGGAGUGGUUAUAGUCACGAUAAACUACAGACUCAACGCUUACGGUUUCCUCAACCUCGGUAUCAAGGAAGCCCCAGGAAAUGCUGGCCUUAAAGACAUAAGAGCAGCUUUGAGAUGGGUGCAAGCGAAUAUCAAGAGUUUCGGAGGAGACCCGGAGAAUGUGACCGUCAUGGGACAAGGGUCAGGUGGUAUUGCUGCUAUUUACCUCAUGUUCUCCGAAUCUACGAAGGGUUUGUUCCACAGGAUUAUUAGUCAAAGUGGCUCGCUGUUCGCACCCCAUUCCUUUGACGCGGAACCGUUAGCCACCGCCAGCCAAGUGGCCAAAUCUUUGGGAAUCAAUAACAAAAAGCCGAAAGAUCUGCUCAAGAUCUAUUCUGGCACUCCAAUAAAGAUGGUUGAGGAUGCUAUUUCGAAGCAGAUGCAUUCCAAAUCAGUUUUCCGCCCGUCCGUCGAAACUUACUUGGACGAAGACCCAUUUUUGGUGGAUACCCCAUUCAAUAUCCUGUCAGCUGGUAAAACCCACAAGGCGUUUAACCCGGUCCCAGUCCUUUGCGGUAUGAGUACCGUCGAGGGCCUGACCUGCACCUUGGAGUACAACACCAUCACGAGCCAAAUCGACCGCAUUAAGAACGAGGAUUACUCAGCCUUGGACCAAAGGAGUCUUCGCGUGCCAAAAGACGAGCAAGAAGAAGUUAGGAAGCUGCUACAGGAGACUUAUUUCGCGAAUGGAACUUCAGUGGACGAAAAUGUGGUCGGUGGAAUGAUUAACAUGAAUACGGACUUCUCAUUCGUCGGCCCGAUGUCUCUAUUCGCAGAGCUCUUCGCCAACAGUUCUGGUCUUCCUAUCUACGAGUAUAUCUUCGACUACAUCGGUCACAGGAACCUGGGGCGUCUCCUGACCAAUAGCAGCCUGCCGGCAACCACCAAUCAGGACGAGUUGUUCUACAUUUUCGAGCUGGAGAGGCUUCCACUGCCGAUGGAUGAGAACGACGCCAGAAUGGUCACCUUCAUGACCAUGAUGUGGACUAACUUUGCUAAAUUCGGCUCACCAACCCCUGACCCCUCAAAUGGCGAAUGGCUGCCGUACCCUCACCACCUGGCCAUCCUGCUAGAGCCUGCCUACGUGGCGCCGCUGACACCCGACAGGGCGCACUUCUGGAGGUCCUUCUACUACAAAUAUGGCGUCGAUUGCAACCAAAAUUAGGCGAGAAUU